AUGUCUGUUUCUCCACCCUCCACCUUCCGUCCUCCGCGUCCUCCAGCCCUCCGCCCUCCGCCCUCCACCCUCCGCAUCCUCCGGCCCGCCGUCCUCCGCCCUCCACCCUCCGCCCUCCACCCUCCGUCCUCCGGCCCUCCGUCCUCCGCCCUCCACCCUCCGCCCUCCACCCUCCGUCCUCCGGCCCUCCGUCCUCCGCCCUCCACCCUCCGUCCUCCACCCUCCGUCCUCCACCCUCCGCCCUCCGUCCUCCGUCCUCCGCCCUCCACCCUCCGUCCUCCGUCCUCCGUCCUCCACCCUCCGCCCUCCACUCUCCGUCCUCCACCCUCCGUCCUCCACCCUCCGCCCUCCGCCCUCCGUCCUCCGCCCUCCGCCCUCCGCCCUCCGUCCUCCGCCCUCCGUCCUCCGCCCUCCGGCUCAUUAUCAUAA